AUGACCGCCCGUGCGAGGCACGGCCGAACCCCGCCCGGCCGCCGGCAGGACGCGGCCCGCGGGGCGCUGAGGCCGCGCUCCCCGAGGCCGGACCGGGGCCGCCCCGCCCCGGGCGGUGACAGCGUGCGGGGCCCGCCGGGGAGAGGCCCCGACCCACCCCCCCGGCCGCCCCCUCCCUCCGCCCGGCCACAGCCCGCGCACCCCCGGGGCGAGCCGCCCGCGGGCCCGGACCCACCUGCGCGGCGGCUGGGCGGCCGCAGCCCCGCCGGAGCCGGAGGCUGGCCAGCGCGGCGGCGGCUCCCGCAGAUACCGGCGCCCGCAGGCCCCGCCCCGCCCCGGGCUCCCCCCAGCGGCCGGCGAGGCGCGUUAACCCGACCCCCCCGGCCCGAGCGCGGCCCCUCACCUGCCUGUCAGCCCGCGGGGAGGGCACGGGCGGCGCCGGCCGCGCCCGGCUCGCUGGGCUGCGCUGGGCCCCGCUGGGCUGGGCUCAGCUCGGCUCAGCUCGGCUCGGCUCGGCUCGGCUCGGCUCGGCUCGGCUCGGAUCCGCUCCCGCCGCUUCUCCUCCGCCGCUCCCUCCCUCCCUCCCGCGCCCCCGGCGCGAGACACGCGCACGCCCCGCCCCCGCCGCCGCCACGCCCCGCCCCCGGCGUUACGUCACCGCCCGCGAGCGCCCCCAGGGAAGUUUGGCCGCUCUCCGGCGCCGUAGCGGCCGCUCCGGGCGGGAACUACGAACGGGAACUACGAACGGGCCGCGGCGGGGCUCAGGUACGGCGGGCAGGGCCCGGCGGGGCCUGGGAACCGGGCACAGAACCGGGGCAGAACCGGGGCAGAACCCGGCACAGAACCCGGCACAGAACCCGGCACAGAACCGGCACAGAACCCGGUACAGAAGCGGGGCCUCCCCUGCGGGCGGCGGGCCAGCGGCGCGCGCGGGGCCGGUGUUUCCUGAGGGAGCCUCGGGCAGACAGCACCUGA